CGUAAAAGUUUAUGAACUUGCUGAUUGAGCUUCUUGCUGUCUCACAGCGUGCUGACGUCACUGGUGUCCGGGACCACUCCUGCAGCAAGUCUGCAAAAAAGUCGCAGCAGCAGCAGCCCGUUUGCUGCAGUGGAAUCUCUCUCUCUCUCUCUCUCACACACACACACACACACAGACACGAAGGUCCUGUUGGAGGCUGCAGAGCACCAAGCUGUCAACACAAGAGGAGGAAUAAACAAAGAGGAGGAGCUGCAGGGACUCAGCUGAGGUACUCCACGCUAUCUGAACAGCAGCUGCGGCGUCAAGAUGGCUCAAAGCGACCCGAAAAACCCGGCACCUUCAAUGGGGACACUCUCCCCAAGCCAGCUGCAGUCCCAUUUCAAGAUGGAACCAAAAACCCUGGGGGCCAUCCAGAUCGUUAUUGCGGCUUUGAUUCUGUGUCUCAGUGCCUCUGUGCUCCAAGUCCACGAGGUCCACUUCACUGGCGACAUAGCCCUUUUUCUCGUUGUGGUCAUACAGGUGACCUUGUCGGGGUCUGUGUUGAUCCACAGUGGGAGGAGACCCACGCUUUUUUGGGUGAAAUGUGCCCUCAUUUUGCAUCUCAUCAGCGCCGCCUUCGCCACCGCCGCCCUGGGUCUGAUGUCCAAGCACCUCCCCUACAGGCAGGACUCCUACCACUGCGAGCACUGCAACCGACUGGAGCUCCACGCUGUGCAACAUUGUUUCAGGAAAUGCACCGCGCUGAUCGAGCAAAAGUGCGAACUCUUGAUUGACGGGAUCCUGGGAACGCUGGUGGUCUUCCUGGUGCUGGAGCUGCUCAUCUGCAUCAUCGCCAUGCUCUUUGGACUCACUGUGCUCGCAGCUCGAAGAAGCCAGGUUCCGAGUGAGCGACCUCGCUAUCCCCACACUCGCCCCCCACCAUCUCCAUCUCCAGCUGUUCAUGCCGUUCCAGUUGCUGCCGAGCCAAGGGUGUCCCAGCAGGUGGCGGUUGUCGUGACCGAACCAGACCCUGAGCUGGUGGAAGAUAUCGCCACCCCACCUACUGAACCUCAGGUGGAGCCUAUUGACCCCUGAACACACACACACACACUAUUGUGUAAAUAUGGAUGCCGCACUUGGUGCUCUUUAAUAAUGUGGCGCCGCUUGUCUUUUAUUUCAUUCUGUGACCAAUAGUGAGUUAACUCAGGUGACAAUUAGAGUGCAAUAUGGCCGACAAGUCCACAAAAACACCUGACGCAGACCUGCAGUGAAGUGCGGCAUAGAUCUGUGUUAUUAGACAUACUGUAUGACCGACAGGAAGUCAGUAUAGCAGUGUAUUGACAGAGAUAGUGUGGAGAAAACAUAUAUAGUCACCUCACUGAUAGUGUGUGUACACAUAUAGAACCACGUGUAUUUCCGUUUAUGCUAUCUUAAAUUAACUAAUAAACAAGAAAACAAGUCAUUGAUGAUGUUGCUUUAACAGCCGAUCUCCAGAAAAUUAAAGGCUUUGUAUAUUAGCUACCACUUUAUGACAUGUUUAUCUUUAAAUGUGCAUUGAUAAACACUUGCGUCAACACUAUUCAACUGAUCAGUGGCCACUGAUGUGCACUUAGGCAUUGUAAAUUAUUUCUGCAUUCUGUGACACACAUUGUAUGUUGUAUAAAUGUGUCAAAUAAAACUUUUGA